AUGGAAAUCGACGAAGAGUUAAAUAAUUUAGCUGAUAUGGUCAUAAAAGAAAUGCAUCAGGCUAACACCUGUAAGAAAAAGAAGCAAAGAAAUAAAAAAUCAUCAAAGAAAUUGACCCACAAGAAAACACACGGAAAGCAUUUAAUCAAAAAUACUUCCGUAACGAAAGAUAAAUCCAACAGCAAUCGUAAAGGAUUUGAAGAUAUUAUUCAGCAUACAUCAGAGAAAGUUAAUCCUACUACAUCCGAUAUACCUGAACCUGUACUUUCUAAUCCUCUUACUGUUAAACCUACGUCAAAGAGAUCCAAUAAACCGAGAACGAAGAAAGGCGCUAGCCCUGCUGUACAACUGAAACGUCUAUCUAAUGGUUCUAUAGACUUAGAAACUCCUAGUUCUAUCCUCGUCCAUACUGAUUUAAAGGGCAUAAUUAGCGAAGCCACGUUUGAAAAAUUACCAUUAACCCAUCAAUAUCAACUUUUAAAAUUGCUACCCGAGGUUGACCGUGAAGUAACUCAGAACAAUCAAUUAAGGUUAUCGUCAUCUUGUUUAUCCAAUGAAUUCUUUAAUAGUGCUUGUUUAGAAUGGAGACUAAAACUAUCUGAAGGUGAAUUUACGCCUAAAACAAAAGCAAAAGUCAAACAGCAGGCGAAAAAAAUGGCUAAACUUGAUCCUUGGAAGAAGGAAAAUUUCGAGAUGUCUUGGGGCGAUAGCCUAAAGAAAGAAUAUGAUAAAGACUGCAAUCAAAAUCCUUUAACAACCCCUUGCCUUACAGAUCCAUUACUUAAGGAUAAGAUGGAUACUACUGAUAAUUCUGCCACUACCACUACUAAAGGCGCCAUAUCAAAGAAAAGAAAGAACAAAAAUAUUGAUAAUACUAGUAUAUCCAAAAAUCAAGAGAAAAAGAAACAAUCGCCUAAGCGUACAAGGCAAUCUAAGGAAUUAGCUGAUUUUAAGGGAAAAGGUAAAAAGAAGCAAGCAGAUAAGAAAAAAUCCGACUUAAAACCGGAUGAUGUAAAUAAUUCUAAGGAAGAAUUUCUAACAACAACCCCAUUACCUGAAGAAGAAGUUACAAAUAGUAGUGUAGCAGCGAGUAAUCUGCCUCCUACUAACGACAUCCAUAUUCGUCGCACUUAUAAUAUUCCUAAAACCUGUAAAUGUGAAUUAAAAGGCAUGACAGCUUGUAUUACUUGUGGUGCGUAUAGCCACUUUCCUUGCACUAGUAAUACUGGAGGGCAGUGUUUAAUUUGUGCAGGCCAAUGA